AAAAGAGACGGGACGGGAGAGAGACUACUUUACUCUGUUAUCCACUUUGGAUCGGUUUCAGUCUACCAACCAACUCUCGUCGGCUCGUGUGGGCUGUCGAACUCGUUCCCAGCUCACAAGAAGAGAAACAGGUCCGUGAACGGGCAGAGUGUUUUUACCGCCGUCAACCUUGAGCCACACCUGUUGCCUCCCGUCUUCUCAACUCUCUUGUGUGUGUGUCGCACUUGGUCAAACGAAUUUUUCAUAAUAUGGAUUCACAAUUCUAAAAAGAAGAGGAAAACGUUUCAAAACUUUUUGUAGAUAAAUCUGUGUGCCACCAGUUUGAUUAUUGGGAGACGAAAAAAAUGUGUCGAGACAUCACAUUCGCCGCAGCUGUCAAUUCGUUGUUACAAACGGCGCUAUGCAUUUCUUUCGGCGUCGUGGCCAUGCUCAUGUACGACUGCAAACUGACACCUACGCCUAUUCAAAACUCGGACCCUACCCAAAUUCCGAGCCCGUUGGUAGCUUUCACCAACAGCUUCUACCUUCAGUAUUUUCACUUCCGGAAUAGUUGCAUCGCUCGGAAUGAGCCGUACUGGAAAGACAUCAACGACACGCAGACGGGUGUGGUGACGAAAUCCAGUCAGGUGCAUGGAAUGUUUAUCGGAUACCUCGUGGAAAAUAGCCUGUGGUUCCUCUGCUCUGUUCUCCUCUUCUUCGGAUGCGUACUCAAAUCGAGAUGGAUUUAUGUGACCUACGCAUCGACGCAGUUUACCGUUAUCCUUUAUGACGUCAUACUGAUAGUCUUGUUCGCUUUGGAUUUCAAGAGUUACAAGCAAAUCGAGGGGAACCCGAAUACGCCUGGGAUAACUAAGCAGAGCAUGUUGGUCAACAUCAUUGUGAUGCUGUUGAUCGUGUCACGAUUCGCCAUCUUCUUGAUAGUCAACGUGAUAUUCGCCUGUCUUGUUCAGCGAUUCAUUAGCGAAUUACCCAAAUCCAAGAUGAAACAGCCGAAAUCUUCGAACAAGAAUAAAAGUGGUCCAUCGUCCCGGCGUCCGCCUCGUGAUCAUCAACCGCCUUACGAGCCUUAUCAGCCGGAGCCUUAUCAACCGGAGCCUUUCCAGCCGCAUCUUUAUCCGUCACCUUAUAAAGCGAGUCGUUAUCCGGACGUAGUCAGUCAUCCAGGGAAAUUCGAUGACAGCAGCGAUGAAAUUAUCGUCAGUCCGGCAAUGCGGUACGGCUCACCCAGCAGGAAUUUACCAUCCGCUGUUUCCGCCUCGAAUUAUCGAGAGCCACGGAAUUUUGAGGGCGGCCGUCAACAGGCCGCUCUGCCGCCUGGCACUAGGGGGCAGGUGCCGGGUAAAAGUCACGAAUCUGUCCAGCAUCCAUAUUCAUCAUCAAACAGGAACAGGAUGAGUGAUCGACGCCCUUCGCCGCCUAGACAGCGACACCAGUCACGUUAUCCGGACGAUUACCAAUCAAAUAUCAGCUACGAAGGGCCGCCUGCCAAUUACUUUGACGAUUCCGAUCGGAAAAUGGCUUACGUCGGCGCUCCGCAGUAUCACGAAGAUCGGAGACGCCAGCCAACGUCGAGCAACCAGCCACGAGCCGCCGCCAUUCCGAGCGAUGCGGAAUCGGGCCCAAAUGUUCGAUUUGCUUCGCCCAUACGACGUGAAUCGUUUGAUCGAUUCUCCAACAGCUCGGAUCAGCUGAAAAACCAACGUCCUUGGUCUUACAUCAGCCCAGAAGACUUGCCAUCAUCUCCCAACAAACUCAAUCAGUUUUACAACAGCAGAAUUGCCAUGAGCGAAAAACCAACUUCUCGAGCCUUGCCGGCCCUUGACGAAUCCGAUUUGGACUACAAGUCAUCGAAGAAACAACAACAACGCCAACAAAGUGAGUAUCGCAAACGUCAUUCAGUUGAAUCGAGACAGCCCCUUCUUUGCUCUCAAGAGGAAAGUCCUCGACGUCAUCGACCGGCCCCUCCGAUCCCACAAGACGAAGAACCGCAUUUUUACGCCAAUUUCGAGCCGCCGAUUAAGAAGAAUGUCCGUUUCAGUAAACGGACACAAUCGCUGGAUAUUCUCGAGGUCCCAGUGGAAAGUCCAGUGGCCAGGCGGAUCAAACAAUACAAGGCGAAAUCACCGAAGAAGGUCGACAAUAAGAAGAAAAUGACGAAAGAGUACAGCAGCAGUGGCGAAGAGCUUUGCACGGACGAAUUCCUAGUUUUUAAUUACAACAAAUCGCCAGAUGCCAGAAACGUAACCGUUAACAAAACUGUAACGGAUUUGAAAAGAGCGCCGUCAUCGGCCAGCUCACCCAAUUUGGUGUUUGAUCCAGCAUCCAACACGGCUCGGCUCGUCUACGGAAAACAGUCAAAUAAUAAUAAUAAUAAAUCCUUCCAAGGCCAACAAAGAAAGAGUUAUCUCAACGAAACUUCUAUUUAGGAAAAAACAUCUGGCCGAGAGACAAAACGAUGAGAGUAACGGUUCUCACGAUCACGUGACGGGACAGGUGUUUUGGUUGUUGAUGAUCAAAUGUCUUUAAUUGUUAGCCAAAAUGGAUUUCUCUUCUACCUCUCCUCACUGAAGGGGAAUGAAACAGCAGUAUUUCACACGGUCUCAUCCGCCUCGACAAACCAAAGCAUUUUACAACAAUAAAUCUUAGUCAUUUAGUUGUUACUUAAAACAUUUUGUGUUGGACAUUUAAGAGAGAAAAAAAAGGAGUUAUUCUAUACAAUAUACGAUCGUUUUAUAUGA